AUGGCAAGCGUCAACUCUGAUCUCUUCGCGGCAGGCUGUGUAGGAGUUGCUUCCUGGACCGUGUUUCGUAGCUCUAAGAUCCGGGGAGACUAUGCCCUGUUGUUUUACACGGCGGCUGGCGCGCUCCUGUAUACCCUAAUACGCCUGACAAGCGAGUCUCCUGAGCCACCCUUCACCACUACUGUCAAACUGGGAUCUGCUUAUGCUCUCUCGCUGCUUCUGACGACUGUCGCGUACCGAGUAUCGCCAUUCCACCCUCUCGCGAAGUUUCCUGGGCCUGUCUUGUGCAAAGUCACCGGCCUCUAUCUAGCUUACAUCUCGUUUACUGGGAAACGACACUCGUUCCUCGAUCGUCAGCACGCUCGAUACGGGCGCUUUGUCAGAGCUGGGCCUAAUAUCAUCACCGUCAACUCCCCUUCGGCGCUGACCAUCUACGACAACCCCAACACUACCAAGAGCGAGCUGUACCGCAUAGCGGAUCGCGAUCUCGUACAUAGCGCCCUCUUCUUCAAGCCAGACACUAAACGGAACCAUCGAGACCGAAGGCGGAUUUGGCAUGGACUGUUCACGACUGCAGGCCUCAAAGAAGUGUUGCCUAGUAUUGAGCGCAGAACGUGGCAACUUCUAUACGCCUUGGAACAGCGACAGCAGAAUGGCGUCGUAGAUGUGGGAGCGACGUUGGGACAUUGGGCGUUUGAUGUCAUGGGAGACGUCGUCUUUGGCGGCAUGACUGACUUCGAAUUCUUGAAGAAGGGUGACUCGAAUGGUAUCAUGCGCUCCAAUAAGCUCGCAACUACUAUCAUGGAUAGUGUGGGUCUAUCGCCUUGGCUGCUGGAUAUCUUGUGGCAUCUACCCGCCACCAAGACUAUGCACGCGUCGCGCGACCUAGCUACGAGCAUGAUGCGCACGAGAAUGAAAGCAGAACGUGCGUUGGACUACCGGGACCUGUCCUCGUACUGGAUGGAAGGUGGCAUACCCGAAAAUCAGCUCGAACUGGACGCGGUAGUGGCAAUGACUGCUGGAUCCGAUACCACCGCGUCGAAUCUCACCUUCUGCGUCUACUUCCUCACAGCGCACCCCGAGUGCGCCCGCCAACUGCGGCAGGAGCUAGACAAGGAGUUCCCCAAUCCCGCCGGCAUGCUCGACAUGGACAUCCUCCAGACGCUCCCCUAUCUCAACGGCGUGAUCCACGAGUCGCUUCGCCUAACGACGCCGUACUUCAUGCCCCGGGAAGUCCCCAUUGGGGGCAUGGUCGUCGAUGGACAUUUCAUUCCCCAUGGCACCGAUAUAACCAUCGCAACGAACUCGCAGCAUAUGAGCGAAGAGAACUUUUAUCCAGAUCCACUGGCAUUCCGUCCCGCUCGCUGGAUACCUGGUGGUCUGGGACCCGAGACGAAGACCAACAAGAACGUUUUGUGCUCGUUUGGUCUCGGCGAGUAUGCGUGCAUUGGCAAGAUGCUGGCCUACCAGGAGAUGCGCCAUACCCUCUCCCGCCUCGUGCUCAUGUACGACUUCGCUUUCCCGGAGGGAUUCGACGUCGCAGGCUUCCCGCGAGGCAUGCAGUACACGCGCUCGACCUAUUUCGAGAUUCCCUUGCUCUUGAAGGUCACUCGGCGACCGGGGAUCACAGGAUUCAAGACUGCCUUUGAGUAG